AUGUUGUCUCGGAAAACGAAAAACUCAUUUGGCACCGCCUGUGCAUGAUCUUCUUGGUUUUCCAUUUACCAAGAUGCAACUACUACAUGCCGAAAGAAGGGUGCCUUUAACUUUAUUAUUCACGACCACCCACCACCACCGCAAAAGAACCAGCACCAUGAAAAUGCUACCCAGCAGGGGGAUUCUACUCACACUGUGGACUUUCUUGUCCCCAGGGGACCACCUUAGCGGGUCCGAUUUAUUUCCGCAUAAAUUCUUUUGCCAC